GUCACAUGUUUUCCUCCUGUUUCGGUGGCGGAAGUCAGCUGUCAGUGCAACUACGCAUGGCUACGACACAGUGUAAAAAGUCCAGUUUAAAACCGGCUCUCUGGUAGCGCAUGGCAGCAGAAGAGGACGCAGGUGUCAGUCGGGCUCCGGCCUGUCUGUGUGUCCUCUGCGGGCUGCCUGCCGCUGGUAAGUCCACCCUGGUCCGCACGGUCAUCAGCGCCGCCCCGCAGCAGGGAUGGAGAGCCACUGUGGUGCCGUACGAUGACCUGAUCCCCGAGCAUGCCUUUCAGACCAGAGCGGUGGAGGAGGGUGUCAAACUGCAAGAAAUGCACACUGAAUGGAAGUUACACAGACAGGCAGUGUUGCAGUGCAUCGAGCAGUUCUUGAAGGAACCUCAAGUGUUGGCAGAUGUACCAAGCAGCAGCAACAGCUGUCAGAUCAACACCGCUGCAUGGGAACAAUGCAUCCGCGCUCUGCUGCAGCCUGAGGCUUUGGACCACUCUCACGCUGACCAGGCACCACUUCUCUUUCUACUGGAUGACAACUUCUACUACCCAAGCAUGAGAUAUGAAGUGUACCAACUUGCAAGAAAGUAUUCUCUUGGGUUCUGUCAGGUGUAUCUACACUGUGAUUUGGAGUCCUGCAUCAGCAGAAACCAGAACAGGUCUGAACCCAUUCCCACCGAGGUGAUAUUGGAGAUGGUGAAGCGCCUGGAGGCUCCAAAUCCACAGAACUCAUGGGAGACGAAAAGCAUUUUGCUAAACACUACAGACAAUUUGUCCAAAUGUGACAUCCAGAGGGUGAUGGAGUUGAUCUCCUCUGCGCUGAGCAACCCGCUGAGACCUGUAGAGGACAACACUGAACAAAAGGAAGCUGACCGCCUGAAAUGCGCUACCAGCGUGGUUCACCAGGCUGACCAGGCCUGUCGACGCCUGAUCUCUGAAGCCAUGAAGACUGCCAGAGGAAAUCAAGUGCCCUCCGAACACAUGAGGUCUUUGGCCACACAGCUGAACGAUUCCAAGGCAACAUUCCUUCACAACCUGCGGAAACAGCUGCUUCAGGAAACGUCCUUAACACAAGAAGAGAACAUUGAUGUGGAACGUGUGGUGAAAAGAGCAGUGGAUGUUUUUGACCACGAGAAAAAGGAAAUCAUGUUGAGAAUCAUAAAUGACCAUAAAUGACUUUUUUCCACAAAGCUAGAUUUAAUUGCUAUUAAGUCACAAGUGAAUGUUAUGUAAUUUGUUUUUAUGUCACUGUAAUAUGCAGGUCACUUGCUCCUCAGUUUGUGGAACACUGUGGCACUAAGUGAAACAAACUCGUGAAAAAUAUGUCUAUCUUUUCAUUAUUUUAUUUAGAAAUAAAAACUUUUUUAAAGCCCAAA